AUGUCGGAAGCGGUGCCGUCAGAGACACCGUCAGCUGUAGAUCAGGCAGCUGAAGUCUCAACCAUCCCACAGGGGGAAGGUGAGCCAAGAAGUGCGGCACACUCCCUUAGCAACGGCGACCAGACUGCGACGUCACCGGCAGCCACGGAGGUAGCUGCAGCGGGAACAACAACAACAGUAGCUGUUGACGGGCUAGCGGCAGAUGACACUGCGGAGACGCACGAUGAACAUGGGAGCGUUGAAGGUGAAGAGGCGACGGCCGCGUCGCCAGAAGAGAAUGCUGUGGAGAUCAACGGUGUUCUGCCAAACGAUGUGAAGAACAUCAUCCUGCAGGUUCUUAGCCCGUACUUCGAUGACGAGGGCGGUGAGGAUGACGCCCAACGGUACGACCACAUCAAGGCACAAGGUUGGAUUCAGCUUAUUUGCGAUGGCAUCAUGGAGAAGUUGCUGUCGAUGCGCCGCCCAUACAAGUUUGUGACACACUGCAUGAUUAUGAGAAAGUGUGGGGCGGGAAUACACGUCUGCUCGAGCUGCUAUUAUAGCCAGGCGGAUGGAUGGGUAAAUCACGCACAUGAUCUCUCAGCGCACAUCUAUGCCGUAGUGUCCGUUUACUGGAGCGUGAUUUAA